AUGUUAACGACAAUGCUCAAAGAUCAUCAACAAAAACAGCAACUACGACGAGAGCUUCAAGAAAAAUACAAAAAUGAAGCUGUUGUCGCAGCUCAAGAUCUUUCAUCUGCUGUCGUUGAUCAUUUAAAUUCUCGAGUCGCCCAGGCUUAUCACAACCAAAAACGCUUGGAUGUCGAGGCUAAAAGAUUUGAGAAUCACGCCCAAACACUCACCAAACAGGUGGAAAAUUGGCUGUCUCUGACGGAUUCGCUAAAUUCGGCUUUGAAAGAAGUGGGCGAUGUGGAGAAUUGGUCGGCUGCGAUUGAAAGUGACAUGUCAUUUAUUGCAUCAACGUUAAAUAGAGUUUUUCAAGAGUGCUCUCGAAGUGAAGCGCCUGGGACAAGC